UAUCAUCUCUGUUUUAUUUCACUCAAACAUUGAAAUUCACACCUAUACUUCACUUCCUCUAACAGGAAGAACAGAAAUAAGUCUGUGAUCCAAUAACAGUUCCUGUGUCAGAGAGGAGUGACUACAACUAUACACAGAUAUGUUUAUGACGUCAAAAAUACAGUCCGGAAGAAUCAGCUUUACUAUAAGAUACUUUUAUAAAGUUUAUCUAAAGGGUUUCAUAAUUCCAAUAGCCAAAAGCCUGAAUGCCCAAAUGUGAGUCAUAUGUCUUGUUAAGUGGGACUUUUUUUCCAAGAGUAACACAUGUAUUAGGACGUGCAUCUAUCUGAUUGGUUCGUGCUGCUGCCACUUCCUGUGUUAAAGGCGUGAGCAACUUAAAGACAGACAGUGAGACGGAGAAGACGUUCAGUUCAGUUUUUCAGUCGGUCAAGAUGUCUGCAGACGCUGUCGCUGCUCCACGUUUGAGCCUGAAUGUGAGAUAUAACAGAAACGUCCAAGAGACCAGCGGAGAGGAAGAGGAGAGUCAGGUGGAGAUCUUAGAGGAGGAAGAGCAUCACGCUGAUCUCGGGCCACAAAGAGCCGGACCACACACUCAAAACAAGCCUGCAGCCAACAACAGAAGGCGUCUCAAAGCUGCUGCAGUGACUCUGGGAGGGUUUUUUCUUCUGAUAUUGGCUGCACUCUUCAUUCGCUGCACUGUGCUGCAGAUCAGAUACGACCAACUGAGCAACAACUACACUCAGCUACAGGGGAAAGUUUCAGAGAUAUCAGUCAACUACAGUCAGUUACAGGAUGAAGUAAAGCAGCUGAAGAACAGAAUUAAAGAGACGUGUUGUCCUGAUGGAUGGAAGAGAUCUGGACGCAGUUGUUACUUUAAAUCUAAAGAGAAAAAGUAUUGGUUUGACAGCAGAGUUGACUGUAAGCAGAGAGGAGCAGAUCUGGUCGUCAUUAACAACGACGAGGAACAGAAGUUUGUCUCUGAGCUGAGUAACGGUGGAGAGUCCUGGACUGGUCUACGGUAUGUAGCGAGACAAGAAGGAUGGAGAUGGGAAUGGUUGGAUGGAUCACCGCUGACAGAAACGUUCUGGGGACCAGGACUACCUCACUCUGGUUCCUAUGCCGCAUGCUGCAAUCAACAAGGAAAAUGGACACAGAGUUAUUCUGAUACUAAGACCUGGAUCUGUGAGAAAAAGAUCAAGUGAACUCU